CUAUGGAGAGUGCUGCAUAGGAAUUUGCUUCUCAAACAGGUGCUGAUGAGCCACCUCCAUCUCCUGCCACCUGCAGAAAAAGGAAUAUAUUAAUUUCUCUGCGAGCUCGUAAGUUAAAUAAAGGGAAGAUAUUUAUGAAUCCAAACAAGACUAUUCACGACUUUCUCGGGCCAGAGGAGGCUGCCGAAUGGACCACCUCGUCCAUUCCUGCACGUAUUCCGAAUCAUGCAUAUGAUAUGAUGGGUAGGGCACUAAAUGAGGUGACUGAUAUGGUCCAGGCCAUGGAUGGGAUAAAUGAGAUCACCCGAUCCCACCUUGAUGAGGAGUUGAAAAAAUUGGCUGAUGGUGCAUAUCCAAACAAGGAUGAUCCUGUACAAAAGGUAUUAUGGGGCCAAUAUAUCAAGGUUGCAGCAAGUUUGGCUAGUUCUCAAUUCGAGAGAUUCAAAAAGGUCAUAAUUGAGGAUACCGAGGAGGAUGGAACUGAAAAUGGACAUGAUAUGGAAGAUUAUGAAGGAAAUGCGGAUGGACAGAACAUAGAUGAUGAAGCAGGAGACAUGGAUGAUGACAGAGCAAACAUGGAUGGACAUUAUAGUGAUGAAGAUGGCAGCUUCAACAACACUCAACUUAGCCCUUAGUUUAUAUGCAUUGUCUAGUAGUCUAUCUCUAUGUGUAAUUAGAAGUUAUGCUUUUGUGAAUUCUAGUAAUCCGUAUGUGAAUUCUACCAAGUACUCUAGUCUCUUUAUGUAUUAGAAGUUUAUUUUGGCUUAAUGUUGAACUACUUUUGCUUUUGGUAUUCAAAUAUCUCAUUUACUAUAAAUUA